CAAGCGACACAAAUCCGAAAACAUUUGCCCUAGCAGAAAGCGGGGAAUGCGAUGGAAACAGGCUGUCCGGCGAAACACAUGUAUGCCUCAGAUUUGAAAAAUUGAGCUUUUGAACUCACUGGAAGAGCAGCACCUUGAGCGUCUUGGAAGAAAGUCCCGUUGUGUCAACCAACGCUUGGCUCCCGGGCACGCAUUGUACAACAAGGAACUUGGACAGCUGCGUGUUUUCAAGCAAGCCAUCAACAAAGAAUGAAACCAUUGAAACGAGCUCUGGAAGAAGAGCGUCUCCGGGAGCAGGAGCACUCCUCAGCCAUGUCGGACAGUGAUGAUGGCUCCCCACUCGACCUGUCAGGAGGAGGGUUGUCGGGGAAGCGCCGUCGCCGCGGCAACCUGCCUAAGGAGGCGGUGCAGGUUCUGCGUAGCUGGUUGUAUGAGCACCGCUUCAACGCCUACCCCUCAGAGCAGGAGAAACUCAGCCUGUCAGGCCAGACCAGCCUCUCUGUGCUGCAGAUCUGUAAUUGGUUCAUCAACGCACGUCGCCGACUCCUCCCUGACCUUCUACGCAAGGAUGGCAAAGAUCCCACCAAGUUCACGAUCUCCCGUAAGGCUGCUGGGAAGAGUGAAGGCCGCCCGUCCACUGGAGGCGGAGCCAGCUCCCCUGAGAGCCCCUGCUCCACUGUCUCACCUCAACCACGCCCAUCAGUCAUCCGCUCUGCACCCACACUGGACCUCAGUCUCCUUGGAAGCACAGCAACAGCUAUUCUAACGGGAGCAGGCUACCCUGGUAGGGAAGGCUCAGUCCAGGCCCUGAUGAAGCUGGACACACAAAGUCUUCUGAGGGAAGCAGAGGAACAAGGGGCAAAUGCAGCCUCUAUCACCACCAUGGCAACGGCAGCUAGCCCCACUAGUGGGCUCUUUAACACGCCUCCCCCCACUCCUCCAGAGCUGUUUCCCACCCAGGACUUCAGUGACUUGAGGCUGCUGGUGGAUGCAGCCCUGCAAAGGGCAGCAGAACAGGAGAACCUGAAGAGGCUUCAAGAAAGCCAGAGCAGAUCUGCAGAACCUAUAAAAGCUGAGGCGAUAGAGGCACAAUACAGUGCUAACAGCAGUGACAUGGGCCCUACCCCACCUCCAGAGGAUAGCCAACAAGUCAUGGAUCCCUCCAGAGUGCAGAGUCUGAUGGAGAAGGCAAUGGUGAUUCCAGUCUCAGCUACAACCCCUGGUGCAGUGAAGACCGCUGUACCACUGUCCUCAGCAGCCCCACUUGUGCCAGUUCCAGCUCCAGUCUUAAUCUCAGCUCCAAGGCAGUCUCCACUUCCUAUGACGAAAGUCUUGUGGAGCCCCUUAGAGAAGGCAACUGCUCGAGCCUCCAGUCCAAACCAGCCCCAGCUUAUCCCAACCCAUCUUUCAACCUUAGUGCCAGUAUCUGCCUCUGUCUUAGGACAGCCUCAUUCUCAGAAGCCAGCUACUGCUGCUCCAGCCUCAGCCAUAGUCCAACCUCCAUUGCCACCUCCAGCUUCAUGCUCAGCCCAAGCUCCAGUGCUCACUACCUGUCCUACAUUUUCGUCAGUGCCAGCUACAAGGCCAAUCCCAGUGCCAUCGUCAAUCAGUGUCCCACCUGCAUGUACCACCUCAGUCCCUGCUCCUAAUCGUUCCCCACUGUCAGCUGCUCCAAGCCAGGCUUCAAGCCCAACUGUAGCGCUUGUUCCCGCUGCCUCUUCGCCAGCUAUUUCCUCCCUCCCAACCCCCAAAGGAGUUCCACUUUACUUGCCUCUCCACAAAUCUCCCUUAAUACCAGUAACAGUUCCAGGUCCAUCACCUGGAACAACCGUGGCAUCAUCUCAAGCUCCUGAUGACACCCCAAUCUCAGUUUCAGCCCAAGCUUCAGCCCCUCUUCCUGGCUCAGGCCCAGCUUCCUCUGCCUCCUCCAUUCCAACAGUCACUCCAUUUCUGGGCCUAGCUUCCCACCACACCCCUAGUCUUCAGCCCCCACCAUCCUCCCAAAGCAGCAGCAGUAGUAGUGGCUCCCAGAGGAAUCCAGCAGCGGUGCCCAGCGUAUGGAGCAUGGUCCAUGGUGAGGCCAGACACCCUAGUCCUCAUCCUGUGGUAAAGACACCCAUCACCACAGUGUGGGGCCCACAACACAGCUUGCGCCCAGUGAGUGAAACUGUUAACUAGAAGCUGGAGCUAGCGCCUUUUCUGUCUUGUGCAUAUACAAGGGAGGAGAGAAGCUUGUCAUUCCCAAAGGCUGGCCAGCACUGUAUAUAGGAGAAUGUAUCUUCAUUGUUAGUCCCUUUUGACAGUGAAGCUUGUGCCUGCAGAAUGUGCAGCAAUGGUUCCUGUGUUGUGUAAACUGGGACGAAGUCAGUGGAUGGAUUUAAGGUGUUUUAGAGAUGUGCUGUUUGAGCAACUUUUUAUUGUUUAGCCUUUUCUCGAUGGAAGCUGUUACUGGUAAGGACACAUUAAUGCCAUUUCUUGAACUGUACAUUCCACAAUGCAGGAUAAAUGUUGUAUAUUACAUUUUUUUAAAUUCCAUUUUCAAGUCCCUUUCCAUUGUUCCAACUUCUCAGUGAGGGGGCAAGGAGGAAAAUAUCCCUAAAUUGUAUCAAAUUUUGAUUUGUGUAAUUGCCAGCACCAGCAGAGCUAGCCUCUUCAGUAGCAGUACUGGACAUUCUUGAAUGUAAAAAAAUGUAUUGACACCAUCACUGGCCAGGCUGCCUGUCACCCAUACCCAUACGCAAUUUUAAAAACAAAAAAAAAAUGGGGGGAGGACAUGACAUUUUUCUGUGGUCCACACCAGCGUUAUGCUCCAUGAUAGUUGUGCACUUUAGAUGAUGUUUUUUUUUUUUUUUUUUUUUUUACAUUUUUUUUAGUCUGUCCUUCACCUCUUGUAAGCAUUCCACCACCCUCCCCCUUUUCAUUCUUUGUGGCAGGAGACGAGCGGAAGGGAAAUUGAUUGUACUGCAGUGUGCCUGACUGCACGACUUGCCUGCUAUGCGUCUGUCCCCAUCUCACUCCCCCAUCUCCUCAUCCUCCUGCCUUUUUAUAGCUAAGGGGAUUCAGUGGUGCUCAUGAAUUGUCAUCUCAACCACUUGUCCCUCAAAAACACAAGCUGUCAAGUACUACAGGUUUCUUUAUUCGCCAGUUUCAAUCCUAAGUAGUCUCUCAACAAAGAAGCAGUAUUUUCUGUGUAUGUAUUUAUGAAAAAGGACUGGUUACGUCUGUCAUUUAAUGUGACCUUCAUCUCUUGUGUACAAUUCUGGCGGGAGGUGCCUGUGUGAAUAUAUAGCAUGAGUGGAGAAGGUCACAUUAGAUCUGUUAUGGAAAUCAAUUUUAGUGGUGAAGUGAGCAGCUUGGUGAACCGAUGCCACCAAGCCCUUAUAGUCCCUGAUGUAGAAAAGAUUAUGCUUGCUAAAAGAGGUGCCACCUUAAUCUUUGCCCCAGUGGGUGAAGUGUGCUACAGAAGCUUUCGCUCCUCUUAUUUUGAGAUGAGAUUGAUUAAUUGUCAAGAUUUCCCAGCCAAUGGGGCCUUAGGAUUUGGUCAUUGUAUCUCAAACCAAAAUGUCUUAAUAUUGGAUGGGCCAGUCAGUGCUUCUAGUGUCUUGGCAAAACAAAUGUAGCUUAUACUGAAAUAACUGAUGUGAUAGCUGAAUUUUUUUUUUUUUCUCGCGGAAGGUACAAAAACAUGAAUCACUUGUGCUUUCCACUUGUGUUUAGUGAAAUGGGUUCUAUAGAAUUUCAAAUCAUUCAUAAAGGUUGUAGUUUCCAUGAAACUUAACAUAUACCACAAUAUAUGGCUGAAUGCCAACUGGAGAUCUAUUAACAAUGGCAUGGUGUGGAAUUUAAUGUUGGAUUUGUUUGUGAAUAUACUGUAGCAAAAAUGUGCGGUGCAUGAAAUCACGUAAUAUGGGCCCAGAAUUUUUGUUUUUUCUGUCUUCUGUACGUUUACCAAUGCUGUUGAACCAUGGUCUGUACAAAGGGUCAUUUAUCGCCUGUGCAAGGAGUAGGAGAAGACUGAGGGUGGAUAUCUGUUUAUAAGGUUUGAACACUGCUGAGAACUGACCCCCACCACCACCACAUAUUUUCUUGUCUCUCUUAUGCUCCAACCCUAACUUGUAUUUCAGUUUUUGUUUUAUUUUUGUUUUUUCUCCCUCUUCACUGCCAGUUCGUGAGUUGUGCUCUGUGCCUGUCAGUAGAGGGUUUAACUGUAGGGCAUUGUGUUACAGGUACUCAGUAGAGUGAUGUGCAUUUAUACCUCAAUUUACACCGGUCAUGGUCAGGCUUGGGUCAUAUGUAGAAUACUAAGUAGGGAAAAAUGUUUGUAUUAUCGACGCUACUUCAUGUCACUCUGACGACACAUUACUGGUUGUGAUACUGGAAAUGGCUGAAUAUUAGGCAGGAAGUUUUUAUAUAGGGUUUUAUAUUGGGGUUUUAGGAUGCAAAACGACACUCUGAUCAGACAAUGUGAUAAUGCAUGUAAAUAAUUUUCAAGGUCAGGUUUGUUUUCUUCCAUUGUUUGUUUCGGCAUGAAUUUAUCUCAAAUUGUGUAGUUUCUUUACAACCAAAUGCAUUCUAAAAUGUUUCAAGUUCAUGUUGUGAAUCAUGACUGACCAUUGGCAGUAUGACUGGCUGCUGUGCCUUAAAACUAGGACUGAGGGAGUAUACCCCCUCCCCUUCUACAUAAACUUUUCAAUAGUCUGUGCAAUAUAUGCCUUAACUUUAAAUGUGUGUUUUGUAUAAGCAUUUCAGAGAAAUAAAAGUUCAAUUUUUCA